AAUCUGUUCUACAAGGUGAACAUUUCAAGGAAAAGACUUGUGUGGGUUUGUUUAUCUUCAAUUUUCCAAGAAUACAUUGGUCAUUCAGCGAUGUAGCUGGGAGUUGCCUCUACAAGUGCCAAGGAUAAGCACAUGACUGAAAAGGGGGCUGCCCCUGCAGUUUGUUUUCUGGAGAUCUUUGCUUGAACAGAGGGCAAUCAACUCCAGAAGAUCUCUUUUUGAAAGAAUUAAAGGCGGAGACGCUUUUCUUGUCACUUUUGGUGGAGAAGUCCAAAAUCUGCCAUAGUAAAAGAAUUAACCAACAGGACACUUUAAUGUAAUGUACAGCGUUUUGUCUAGAAAUACUCUGAUUACAAGAGAAGGGAGGUGGUAGAAGAGCAACCCAACUGUAAAAGGAGAUAAGAAGGAAGAACUACUCUUAACUUCUCCUCAGCUGCAUCCUACAUCUGGUGUCUGUUCCCUCUGGACAUUCGUCUUCCAGGAUUAAGAGAAGGAAAGAAAAAGGAAAUCAGCCAAAUGGCCCGGAAAUUGAGCAUUGAUCAACUUGAGGACCAGUUGAUAUGCCCCAUUUGCUUAGAAUUCUUCAAAGAGCCUUUGAUGCUACAGUGUGGACACUCUUACUGCAAGUCCUGUGUAGUAUCUCUCUCAGGUGAUCUGGAGAAGCAGAUCCUUUGCCCAGUGUGCCGAAAGGCUGUGGACUAUAGUAGUUCACCCCCCAAUGUUAACUUGGCUCGAAUCAUUGAGGCCAUUCAUACCAUAGGCAACUCAGAGGAUAACCAAAAAUCUUGCCCUGACCACCACAAUCCCCUCAGCCUUUUCUGUGAGCAAGACCAGGAAGUGAUUUGUGGCCUCUGCGGCACCAUUGGCACCCAUCAGCAGCAUAAAGUCAUGCCGAUCUCUACAGUGUACAGCAGGAUGAAGGAGGAACUCUCCACGUUGAUAACAGUUGUGCAACAGCAGAAGAGAAGCCUUGAUGAACAUGUCAACAAAUUGAUGAAUAACAAAACUCGCAUUACGAAUGAAUCUGAUGUCUUCAUGUGGGUAGUCAGAAAGCAGUUCCAGGAUCUGCAUAGGUAUAUCAAUGAAGAGAAGGCCAGAUUCCUGGGGCAGAUAGAAAGGAAAACAACCCGUAUCAUUGACUCUAUUGAGAUUCAGCUGAAGCAGAGAGCAGACACCCUUCAGAAGCUAAAGGAGCUGGAGAAUUCCCUGCAGAAAUUCAACAAUGAAGACCAGCUGGAUUUCAUACAGAAAUAUGGAUCUCUUCCCUCCAGGUCUGAACUUUCCUAUCAGCACCCAACCGAAGGCAUGUACAGUGCGGUUUCUUUUAAGCCUGACUUCCAUCAAGAGGAUGUAAAGAUGAUGGUGUGGAAGCGUCUGCUCCGUAAAAUCCUUCCAGCUCCAGAAACGCUGAAGCUGGAUCCGGUGAGCGCUCAUCCUAUGCUCGAGCUGUCCAAGGAGAAUACCAUGGUGAAAUAUGGCCUGUGCUUCCAACGGCGAGAUAGCAAUCCUGAACGCUUUGACUACAGCAACUGUAUCCUGGCUAAUAAGGGCUUCUCCUGGGGAAAGCAUUACUGGGAGAUUAUUGUGGGCUCCAAGAGUCACUGGCGCCUGGGCAUCAUCAAGGGCACAGUCAACCGCAAAGGCAAACUGAGUAAGAGUCCAGAAAAUGGGGUGUGGCUCAUUGGCUUAAAAGAGGGCAAAGUAUAUGAGGCCUUCAAUACCAGCAGACUGGUUUUACCAAUUUCAGCCCGACCCCAACGAAUUGGGGUCUAUCUGCACUAUGAGAAGGGAGAACUAACCUUCUACAAUGCUGACAGCCCGGAUGAGCUGAUACCAAUCUAUACUUUCCAAGCAGAAUUCCAAGGCAAGCUCUAUCCCAUUUUGGACAUGUGUUGGCAUGAGCGGGGUAUCCAUAACAACUUACCCAUUAUAGUACCUACUCUCAAAAUGCUGCAGACCGAGGAUGACUGCACCAAUACUGAUGAGCCCACCAAAUUAUAAUAGGAAGUUUCCAUUUGCUCCUAUUGCAGUGAUGGUGAACCUAUGGCACGGGUGCCAGAGGUGGCACAUAGAGCCCUUUCUGCAGGCACGCAAACCGUCGC